AUGGACGCGCAUCUAGACCGAGAAAUAAUAAAUUCACCUACCGAUACAGUUGGUGCUACUGUUACUCAGAAAUCAAGUUAUAUAGAAAACAUAGUAGAAAAAGCAGUGUUAGAUGAUUCGAAACAAUUAUUCGCGUAUGAUGGUAAACAUGAUAGUGUGGGGUUGAGGGAUCAACAAAGGACAAAUAGAAUACUGCUAGAAGUGUGUCCUUUUUUGUUUUCUAGUGGGAAAGAGCAAACCAAAGAACGAAAUGAAAACGAAGAGAACGCUCUCAAAGUUCAUCCAAAGUUUAAGAACAUGUAUGGAAAUUUGACAAAAUAUAUUCAAAAGAAAAUUAACCAUAAUUGUCGCGAAGAUGAUAUUGUUCAAUCUAUCAAAUCAAUGAUAGAUAGCUUGAUGUGGCAACAUGAAGAAGUAGUUGACUUUUUCAAUGAUCAAAAUGAAUGGCUUAAGAGAAACACAUUAUACAACGAAAAGGUUGAUCAGCGUGAAGAGAAUGCCACUCCAGCAUUGCAUACCUCAAAUAGAGAGUUAAUUUGGGAACAGAUAAAGGCAGAAUUGUUCGAAAUACUGCUUGGAAUUUUAGGUGAUGCUAGUAUCACCAUGUACGAAUUCAGACAUGCUCUUAGAACUGCGUUAUAUCAACUCCAACUUAAAGAGAGAGAGUACAGAAGAAUUCCAAAAGAAUUACUUGAAAUGCUAAUCGAUCAAUUCAUUCCCAACGCACAAAGUGGAAGAUCUUUGGUUCAAUUUAUUAUCUCAGAGCUUAAACGUUUGAAAAGAGAAACUGAGACCAUUUCUUCGAAAUUUGUUAACGAGAACAUUGAUAAGAACGAACAAAUUCAGCCUCAAAAUGCGUCUAAAAGAGCAAUCAGAGUGAUAUCCAUGACUAUCAUGAAACUUCUUGAAAGAAGGCUAAUUCCAAUACCAACAAUUGAAAUGUUGGACGACAAAACCUCUAUGGUGUUACAUCAAAAAAAUCGCACCAAAUACAGAGGCGUUGUUGACUUCUCAAAGAAGGUCUAUGUUAAUUAUUUAACCAAUAAGAGGAACCUUGAAAUAUCAAAGAAAGAUUUAUAUAUAACUCUGUCAGAUAAUCAUUCCGAUUUAUCCAAUUCUACAUAUUGGAGCAAUAGCUCGUAUCAGAAUAGGGUCGGUAGUAGUGGAGCACGGAUUGCUUCAUCCUCUGUAUCAAGAGAGAUUGAAAACUGGAUGAAUCAAUAUCGAGAUAUUAUUGGACCAUUACAUGUCAAAAUUCCACUCUAUAGACAUCCAACAAAUAAGAUCAAAGAAUUGGAGAAAUAUAUUAAGGAAAAGGAAAAUGAGCUGAGAAGCCGAUUUCGGUUUAUUGAAAAGUUAGAACAUGUGUGGAAUUCAUCAGAUUCAAAAAUACAAACAGUCAUCAGUCAACACGUCUCUAAAUCGCUUCUAAAGAAACUACAAUAUUACCAAGCUAAGAAAAAGAAGUCUAUUGUGGAAAAACUGAUUGCGCAACAGUUUAUGGGAUCUGAUCGACAAGAAGAAGCGUAUAUUCUGCCUCACAAUCUAACAAAAGAGUACACAAAAUUGUUAGAUGACCGUAUCAAAGUGUAUCUAACAAAAAUUGAUAUUGAUAACAAUGCUUCGAACAGAGAAAAGUUUGAAGAACUUAUAGGGGAACAUAAGAUGGUCACAUUUCCAGAUUUUUUACACAAAAUUGGCUCCAUUACCAACAACGAUAUUUCUCGGUUUUUAUUUGAACAAUCUACAGAAUAUCGACAAAUGGAGCAAAUUCAAAUUAGGUCAUAUCAAUUUCUAAAAGCUUUUAGAGAAGAAAUUGGAGAAAUGUCGUUGCUCGAGUUUCAAACAUUGAUUGCCUCAGAUGGUCCUUUACACAACCUUCCACUUGUUCAAAGUCUGCUCAAAAAAGCAAAUGAUUACAUUGACAAUCACGAGUCAUUCAAACAUAUUUCUCCAUACUUGAACAAAGCUGACAAGGAUUUAGAGGCAGCGUCUUUGCUUUUUGAGUGGAUAUUUCAAGGCCACACUGAAGAAUCUAUUCUUAAGAAACUCAUUCAUGACCAAAAAGAUGUGACAAAUCCAUCGUUAAUUUCAAUAAUUGUUAACGAGAUCAGUAACUUUAUACUGCUCUCAACAGUUCCAGUCAAUACCAAGCAACAGGUUGCAUUGUACAUUCCCUACAAAAUGAGUGAGAGGUUAGAGUUGGUAAGAGAUUAUUGUGUGACAAGCAUUUUGAAGAAUGAAACAAACCAUGCACCAUAUGAAGGCUAUAAUUUUAUACUUAACUAUCUCCAUUCUCUUGAACAAACUUUAGAAUACGAAUCUCAUUAUUCUGACCCGUCUCUCGUUACACAUGUCUCGGAAAGUGAAAAUUUGAGUUCUUAUUUUGAAAAAACAAGGACAGAUGUUGUACGAAAGGCUGCUCAUCAUUAUAUCAACAAGUUUAUUUGUAAGACUGAUGAAGAAAGGAGCUUGUUUGCUCAACUAGUUGAGAAAUACGACAACAACAACAUACUUUCCAAUACCAACCAAAGAAUAGACGACACAAAAGGAUUCCUAAGGGAAAAAGGCAUUCUUCAAGAUCAUACAAAAUACGAUGAAGAAAUUGAAUCAGAACUUCAAAAGUACGAAAAUUAUCAAUCCAAAUUUACUCAAGAAGAAGAACAAUAUAUUCUACUUAGAGAGAUGGAGCUGGAAACCAGAGCAAAGUCCUUAUCGCCUUUGUUGCCGAACUAUGAAUACUAUGUUACUCAACAAAGAAGACGGCAAUUAUUUGAAUAG